AUGCACUCUACAGACGACGCAGGCUUCACCGUGCACUGCGCCGACCUCAAAUGGCUCCCCCUCGCCCCCGGAGUCGAGAUCAAGGUCGUCAAGCUUGUCCCCGAGACUGGCGAGAACACAAUCAUGGUGCGCGCCCAACCAGGAGGUCUGCUUCCGCGACACCGCCAUCUUGACAGUGCGGAGAUCUAUGUUCUCAAGGGCACCGGAGCCCAUCCUCAGACUGGUGCCUACGCGGCAGGCGACUACAUCUCGGAGGCUAAGGGGGCGCUUCACGACCCGCUGCCUUUUGAUUGCGAGACCGAGCUGCUGAUGGUCAGUCGUGGUGCGUCUGUGUUCUUGGCAGAUGAUGGGUCGGAUAUGUUUACCAUGGAUGUUGCUAUGUUGCAGGGUUUGGUGGAUGCGGCGAAGGAAGCCUAG